CCAUCGGCGCCGAACGGUUCUGCUGCUGCUGCUGGUGCUGGACGGACACAUGCUGGACCUCUGAUCCGGAUCAUCUCUGCAGGCUGCUCACACAGAAACCAGGAAGUGAACAUGAGCAGUCUCUCCACCGACAGGAAGCCACCCGUGGAUUAUGGCGUCCAGAUCCGCUUCAUCAAAGACCUCCACGACACCGGUGGCGGUUAUCCUGAUAAAUCCAAAGGGAGCACCAGUGCGACGACUCCUUCCAACAAAUAUGGCGUCGCCGUGCGGGUUCAGGGGAUCUCUGGACAGCCGUACGUGGUUCUGAAAGAUGGCGAGAAAGGCGACUCAUAUGGAGUUCAGCUGAACACUCCCACCACCAGCUCGGGGCCUCCUUCGCCGUACACCACCCCCAAAGUUAACAAAGAACCAGCAGAGUUCACCAACCCCUACGGCCCUGCUGUGAACACGUCACGCUCCCCUGUUUCUCCGGCGGAGGACGAGGAUGGGGAGAUUUUCGGGAGCCCUCUCAAAAGACCUCCUGGGGACGGUCAAGCAGGGACACAGGGGGAGGAGGAAGGUGGAGCAAGACAAGCAGAGAGGCCGAAAGCUGCACCCCAACCCAAAGCAGCAGUCGGCGAAACUGAGAAAAACAGAGAUCGGACUAGUGAGGAGGAGUACAACGAAGCAGGAUUGAAACCUGUCAAAUUAAACGCAGCGGGACCCAGAGCGGUUAAGCAAACUGCCUCUGGUUUCUCUGGCUCUUUGGGGAGGUACAACGGGAAGAAACCGAGCCCAGAUUCCCCUGCACAGCCAUUCCCCAAUCCUCCGGCGUCAACUGCCGAGGAGCCUGCACCAGCCAUCGACACCAACUCCCUGGCUCCCAUUAACAAGCUCAUCAGUAAGUUCAACAGCGCCGCGCCGGGUAGCGCGCCGCAGACCAGAGGCCGCCCUGGAGCAAGGCAGCGACUCAAGUUCGACGAGCGCAGGAGGUCCAGAAGUCUGGACGCUCGAAAAGAGCCAGAAAACUCCCUCCCCGCUCCCAUUUCUCCCACUCUGAAUCCCUACGCCGCUCCGUUGUCUGCCUCCUCCAGUUUAUUGAUGUCGUCUGCUCCGGCAAGCGGUAACCUGGGAAAGAGCCCUGCAUCUGUUGCCAAGGUGACGGCACUCGAGGCCCCCAAAGCGAGCUACAAGUCACCAGAGAAGUUUGUUGCCAAGGACACCCCUCCAGCUGUGGCAAAAAAGCCUGAGAUUCUGCCAAGGAGCCAAAGCACAGACAUCACGAGAGUCUCGAGUCAAGAGGCCCAAUUCAACCAGUCUGUUUACAAUACCUUCAAAGCUGACACCAGUGAGAGUGAAGGGUCCAUCAUAAGGAAAGUCAACCACAGCUAUGAGACAAGCAGCAGUUUAAAGAAAGGAGGAAAGUUGAGCCUUGAGGAACUUGAGGAGCAGCUCAAACGCUGCAUGAAAGACCUGAAGCAGGCGCAUGAUGAACUGGCCGAGGAGCGAAUGGCCCGAGAAGGUGCAGAGUCUCGUCUGCGGCUGCAGGAAGAUCAGCUGGCCGGGCUUCAGGAAGAGUUGAGGAUGGUUUCGGAAAACUCCCCUCACUCGGACUCGCUGCAGGCGGACGUGAUGACUCUGCGGGCUCAGCUGGCCGAGGCCACCUUGUUGCGUCAGCGCCAAGAGGACGUGCUCCACCAGCGGGAGCGCGAACUGACGGCGCUGAAGGGGGCGCUGAAGGAGGAGGUGGAGUGUCACGACCGGGAGAUGGAGGCUCUGAGGGAGCAGUACAGCCAGGACGUGGAGAACCUGAGGACGACCAUGGAGCAGGUCACACAGUCCCAGGAGCAGAUCGAGGAGGAGAGGCAGAGGGUGAACGCCUCCAUGUUGACGCUGGAGGAAGAGCUGGAGAGCUGCAGAGAUCAGGAGGAGCAGUGGAAGACGGAGCUGGAGGCCACCACGCAGGAGCUGCACAGCACCAGAGAGGAGAACGGGAAGCGCUCCGGCAGUCGAACGUUGCAAAAGUCUCGCUUGGAGAAGGAGGAAUUUGAGGGCACGCUGAAGGAUCUUCAGGAUUCGCUGCUCGCCAUGAAGAAACAAACGCCUGACGAUAACCGCUCCUCAGCAGAGGAGCUUCAGCGUUGCCAUGACGACCUGAAGCGGGCUCGCGCCGAUCUGGACAAACAAAAGGGCGAGCUGGACGAGAAGAGCGAGGCGCUCCAGGCCCUGAGGAGGGCGAGCGGGGAGAAGGAGGCCGAGCUGCGGUCCGAGAUCGGCCGGCUGAAGGAGCAGUCACAGAAAGACAAGGCCGAGCUGGAGAAGGCGAAGGAGUCAUCAGGAAAGUCUGUGGUGGACGGCACCAACCUGGAGCUGCAGGAAACGAACGCUCGUCUCAGAGAGAGGCUGGCCCGCAUGACGAGGCUUCACUCCCGGAGCUCGGAGGUCGAUGAGGCGGUGGAGGCUCUGGAGGACGAGAACCGCUCCUUGAAGACUCAGCUGGAGGAGGCCAAGAGAGGAGCCACCCGGCUGGGCAAGGAGAGGGACGAGCUGAGCCGGCGGCUGGAGGAGAGGGACCUGGAGAGGGAGGCGCUGAGGAGGGGCAAGAGCGACCUGGAGGAGCAGAAGAGGCUGCUGGACCGAGCCCUGGAGAAGAUCAACAAGGAGAUGGAGAUGAUGAUGGGAGACUCCCGUCAGUCGGUGUCCGCCCUGCAGACGCAGCUGGACGACUACAGGGAGCGUUCGAGGAAGGACCUGCUGGAGGCGCAGCGCAGCAGCAAGGACAGACUGGCUGAGCUGCAGAGGGCUCAGAGCAACCUGAAGGCUCAGCAGGAGGAGGUUUCCCGUCUGAAGAAGGAGCUGCUGGUGUGCAGCGAAGAGAGAGACAGCGCCCAGCUGGAGCGAGACCUCCUCAACAACCGGCUCAAGCACUUGGAGAGCGAGUUGGAAUCGGAGAAGAGCACCCACACGGACCGCGGCCGGGAGAUCAGAGGCCUGGAGGAUAAAAUUAAAUCGCUGGAGAUCGAGCUGGAUGAGGAGCGGAGCAGCGUGGAGCUCCUGAACGAUCGCAUCAGCCGAAGCAGAGAUCAGGUGGACCAGCUUCGCUCAGAGCUGAUGCAGGAGCGUUCGGCGAGACACGACCUGGAAAUGGACAAGAGCGCGCUGGAGAGACAGGUGAAGGAGUUGAAGUCCCGCGUGGCCGACAUGGAGGGACAGCCUCGGCCUUCAGCUGGAAUCAGCCUGCUGGAAAACAAGAUCCAGGAGAUGGAGGAGAGACUACGCAGCGAAGAAAGAGAGAAGGCCAGCAUCCAGGGAGCUCAGAGACGAAUGGAGAGAAAACUGAAAGAGCUAAACGCCACCUUAGACCAGGAGAGGAGCCAACAUGUUGAGCAGAGAGAUCAGCUGACUCUGCGGGUGAAGGCCUUGAAGCGGCAGGUGGACGAGAGCGAGGGCGAGGUGGAGCGUCUGGAGGGGGUCCGCCGGAAGGUUCUCAGGGACCUGGAGGAGCAGCAGGAGCUGCAGGAGGCGAUGAGGGCCAAAGUCACGGCGCUGGAGGCCGAGCUCAAGCGGAAGUCGCAGCAGUCGCACCGCACGGCCCUGGGCUCGUCCACGCUGAGCUCCGAGGAAGAGGACGGCUUCUACGACGCCAACAUCACCUCCAUCCUCAACGAGAGCCACCUGCAGACCACCAACUGCUAGAAGAUUUACACAAAAAAACACCUUUUUAUGUUUUCAAACGGAGGCACUUGGGGCAUCCGGGCCUCGGCUGCUGCGCCCUACUAACUCGCCUCGGUUGGUUUUUAUUUUUAGCGCGGCGGUCCAACGGAGACAGGUUGUCAGGAUAAUUAGACUUGGAGCCUUCAGCUGUGAUCACUACUGUCAUGUUUUCUUCAGAUCUUUCUCUGUCAUGUCGAAAGAGAACCGGGUUUAACUUAGUGUGCUUUAUGUUUUCCAAAAUUUUUUUCUGUGUGUAUUUACCGUGGCAUGGUUCAGGUCAUACGGUGGAUUUGCAGCUUCAGAUCACCUCCAAACCAAAAAAAAAAACAAAACACGUUUUCUUACAGUUUCGUACCUGCCUGUGCAUGAUAACUAACAUCCGUCAGUGUUGUUUGCAGCUACGAGUGUUUCUUUGUGGUGUAAUAUGUUUUUUUAACCUUUUAAAUGUGACGAUUGCCGUACGGGCUGCUUAAACUGAGCCUAUAUUUUUUACACUGUAUUACCUGUGCAGACCUUUUACUCGAGACAAUCAGACGUAGUGACACUGUGUACCCUCAGAGACCAACUUAUCACGUGGUUUAAUAUAUCGGGAUGUGUUAAGCUUGAUUCUCGCGCAUGUCUUCACUGAAAUGCCUUAAAAAAACAACUUUAUUCUCAUGUCGUAGCUGCAUGUGUUGCGUUUGAAAGCUGCUGCUGCUGCUGUAAUGAUUUAAAUAGUGUUUCAUGAGCUUGCCCGCGCUUGCGUCUUCCUCCGUACAUUCCUAUUGGAAGGAUCAUUAGCUUAGAUUUGUUCCACAUUUCUUCUCGUUGCAUCGAGCUGUUCUAUUAUAUCCUCUCCUAAUGACAUUUUUGAUGGUGUUGUUGCAUUUUUAACAUGCCACUUUUAAACUUGCGAGGAUGCUGUUGAAUUUGAAGCGCGUUUACAAAGCUGCUGGUAGACGGAGCUUUGUAAGCCUCACGCGAAACUUUGACAGACAUUUUAAGCAGAUUUUGGACCCUGUGUACAAUAAAAAGAUGGAAUAUUGUUA